UGGAGAAAGUGAAAGGAUAGGAAAGGCAAUGAAAGGAAAUAUGACGGGGACAGCGUUUAAAGGAGAUCAGAUUCAGCUGCUGAGUCGGCUCUGCAAUCCUGCUUGGUGGCUGAGAAAAAAUUGCCCCAAAAAAAAAAAAGGAAAAGAAAAGAGAAAAUGUCGAUUCGGAUCGGGCAUAUUCUACGAUGGCUCCAUUUGAUUCCAAAUCAGACUCUCUGAUGAUCAGAAUCUGAUGUUUCACUAUUCAUAGUCGCCAUCGGAGAGGUCCUCAAUCCGGUGCGCGCUCUCCCACAAGCAAAGCGAUGAAGAAGCUCCGGAUCAGGAAGACGAAGCAACUUAAGCGCAUCAAGGAUCACGCCUGCCACACAUGGAAGCGGAACUACACCUAUUCAAAUCUCGACGAUCUUCAUCUCGAUCUUCUUCUUCUCUUUCUCACUUGUUCAAUGAUUUGCUCAAUGUUGGGAUUGAAUUUGGUGAAUGACAUGAUCCGGAGUCUGAUUUCGAGCAAGAUCCAGAGGGAGCAAGCCACAUGGAGACGCAAUUAUAGCUACGCUCAUCGCGGAGUUCUUAUUCUCUGUCUAUGUCUUCUCCUCCUCUUUCUUCUUGGUUGCUUAAUGUUGGCAUUACAUCUCAGGUAUAAGAUGAAAGAGGUCAAGUACAUGAUCCAGAGGGUGGUGUCGAACAAGAUCCAGAGGAACCAACUCAUAUCUGGGGAUCAUAUCUAUACAUGGAGGCGAGGCCAUGCCUACGCUCAUCACGUGACUGCAGGGAUAUAUGUGGGUAAAGGGAAGGUGAUCCACCUGAUUCGAGGGGCAGGCCAUAUUUUAGGAAGCUCGUCUCGGUCCCAUCCAUCAGACAAUCCUGGUCGAACUAGUGGUGAUCAAUCAACACAUGAUCAUGUGAUCUCUUCCAGCGUAGAUAAAUUUCUUUCUGGUGGAGAUCUCUAUCUAUGUGAAUAUAGUGUUAGUCUACCUUUUUUUCUCAUCAAAACUCGAGGAGGUACAUGUACUCUCGCUCCUAGUGAUCCACGUGAAGAUGUCCUGCACCGGGCAACUUACCUCCUCAAGAAAGGCUUUGGUGUUUACAACCUAUCAGAAAACAACUGUGAAUACUUUGCAAUAUACUGCAAAACAGGACUGCUAGUUGAUGAUAACAAUUGUGUCCGCAGAAGCAUUGGCAGAAGUGGGCAGGCAGCAUCCUUGUUGGCUGCCAUUGUUGUUACCAUUUCUUCUCUGCUUAGAUUUUCAACUGCUAGUCCUACUUGGCUGGCUGCUGUAGGAUAUGGCAUGUACUGUAUCUUCAGAUUGGCUUCGGAUAUCAGAGUUCGUCGCAAUGUUUGCAAAGUUGAAGGAAUUGGGCACUGCACUUGAGAGAUUUGGUCGUUUUAGUUUCAGACGUACUUUAUUGGAUGUGAUUAAGCCGUAUUUGGUACCAAUGAUAUGUCUCCUGUUGGGUUUUCUGCUAUGCGAAGUUUGUUGGGCUUGUGGAUUGAAUUGGAUUAAAGGGAUUAGUUUUACAAAUCUCCAACUUUACUGCAUUACAGAUAUUAUAGUUCUGUAUGCCAUGUUCAUGUGAUUGAAUCAAAGUGUUAUACUGUUCUUCCAACUUUCUGUAUUGCAGAUAUUAUUACUCUGGUGUUGGGGCAUCUGAUGCUGAUAUGGUGGAAAGGUUUGUUUAUAUUUGCUGGGCUCUACGGGCUUCGGCGAAAUCCAAGAUCGUUAGGUUUCUUAUAUUCGAACUGGUUUUGGUUUAUUAAAAUAUGGCCAUGACCCUUCACAUGUGCUUUGUGAAAGCAAAUGCAAAGCCAAACUGGGAGCAGAGCUGCGGCUAAAAUCAUAGACUAACGAGGGAAAUUAUCAAUGUUGAUGUUACUUUUCACUUUUCUAUGCGAUGGACUGGGAUUGGUGACACAAUAAGCUGGGAAGCUUAGCGGUGCUACACAAGAAGAAGAAGUUUUCAACAUGCAAAGGAAGGAAAACACAAAUGAAAACGAAAGGAGAAAAGAACACGUGUUUGUAUUUUGGCCUAAUCUUAUACAAUGUGGUACGUGUCAGUUCGUCGUUGGUAUUCGGACCACUUGGGUGCGAAGAUUUCAUUUCACUUUCUCCCUUUGGACCUUUUCCAUUUUCCAGAGCGGAGUCCAAGUGCUGGUUCCGAAAUUAGCAACGUAGAGGCAGUUCAGUGGUUUGAAUCUAAGAUUUCAGUCUUCACCGGUGGACAUCUGACCGACCAGGGGGGACAGAGCAAGCGAUUUUCCCAACGACCCCAAAUUUCGUUUGCGUUUCUCACUCUCUCUCUCUCUAUCUCAAGCGGCGAAGGGUAAUCAAUCCCAGAACGAUGGCAGUGGUGUUGAAGAAGAAGCUGCGGAUCCUGAGCCUGCUGUCGAGGAAGAUGGUAGGGAAAGGGAGCCGGAGGAAUCCCGUCACGGGUCACAUUUCCAGUCACCAUUAUCAUCGUCAUCUUCUAUUCUUCUCCAUUUCAGUUGUUCAAUGUUGGAAUCGAAUUUCAGGCGUAGGAUGGAAGAGGUGAACAACACCAUCUGGAGGUUGUUGUGGAACAUGAUAUGGAGGGAGCGCAUCUACACAGGGACGCGCCUUCAUCAUGGUUUUCUUCUUCUCCUCCUCCAUUUCUUCUUUUGAAGACUAUCAAAUAUGGUUAUUUGGAAGUUUUGAUGUAAUCCCCCAAUGAUCCUACCAGCAAUUUACCAGGUUGGUGAAAGGAUUUUUAAAUUUUUUAAAGCUUUACAAUGGUAGUUUGAAGCAAACUUGAGGCAGUUUUUGUUAGUCAAAGGUAUAUUCUAUGAUAUAGUUCAUCGCUUACUGCUAAAAUAAUCAUUUUCAUUGCAAAGGUUGGAGAUUAAAUAAGGACAAUCAAAUUUUCUGCACGUUACUCACAUACAUUUUCAUCUGGCUGCAAAAACAUUUUCACUGUAUGUUUGGCCGAUUUACUUUGUGAUUACAAUACGAGAGACCUGUUAUGUUCUUCGAACGUGAUGCAUCCUCAUGCAGUGAGUUCAUAUUUCCUUGUAGAUCAACUGUGAAUUCUAGUCUCUCUCUCUUUCGAGUUUUACUUUCUGAUCACCGCAGAGCUGUGAAACAAUCUGGAGGAUGCUGUGGAACAUGAUUUGGAGGGUGUUGUCGAGUAACAUCCAGAGGGAAGAACUGAAGCCUGGGGAUCACGUCUACACAUGGAGACACAUCUAUAGUUGAGCCCAUCAUGAUUAUACUCUGUAUCUCUGUCAUGUGAGGUCCAAGGAUGGUCUCUCUCUUGAGGUGCCCUGUCACAAAUUUAUAUUUUGGAGAUCAGGUUACUCCCAUGGGUUAGAAUUUUCAUUUCACCGACUGGAAUGAAUUGAGACAGCAGCAGUUUCUCUUGUAGAGGUUAUGUCAUCAGAAGCAAAUUAGAAAUGGAAUGUUAAUAUCUCAUGUCCAUCUCUUAAACAUAUGCUUGUUUGUUUCUAGAGGUGUAGCUCCAAAUGUUAUUUGUACGGUAAGUGGAUUAGUGGAAAACUCCUAGCACUGAUAUCCUGCUCUUAUUUUCUUGUUUUGAUGGGGUAAUUGACAUACAGAGUAGCAUCUUUGCUUUAAGUUGUUUGAGACAUGGGAAAGGGAGUUAUUCUUCUGUCAACCAAUCGUUUCUGCAAUACAAGUUUGAAUUGUUUUCUUCAAAAUGGAGAUUGGACGAGAAGAGUUCGGGAAAGACAAAAGAUUGAUGUCAAUUACAUACACGACCACUUUUUGUUUUGUUUUUCAAUUGUUUUAGGCGAGAACAAAGGGGCUGAAAUGGAAACCACCUCCUGUUUGAAGUGGAAUUGGCGCAGAGAAACGCCUCAAGAGAGGAUAUACGUUGGUGAUGGAAAGGUUGUCCACUACACUUAAGGAGGUCGCAAAGAUCACUCAUCUGCAUCCCAUCCUUCAGAAAGUAUUUGUGCAAUAAGUAGUGACCAUUCAAGGCUUGAUCAUGUGGUCUGUACCAGCAUAGAUGUUUUUCUUUCUGGUGGAGAAUUUUAUCUCUUUGAAUAUGGUGUUAAGCUCUCUUUAUAGCCAAAACUCAAGGUGGUACAUCUACCCUUGCCCCUAGUGCUCCACUUGAAGUUGUACAGGGCCGUUUGGCAUACCACCUUGAAAACGGCUUUGGGGACUAGCACCUUUUCAAAAACAACCGUGAAGACUUUGCAAUCUAUUGCAAAACAGGCUUUCAAGUUGCGGCUUACAAUUUUAGUGUUGGCAGAAGUGGAGGCAGUAUCCUUUGUGAUAGGCAUUAUUGCUUUCAUUUGUUCUGCAAUUCAAUCCUCAGCAGUUCCAAAUACCGUUCUGCAGACUAUUCUGCAUUCUCUUAUGGGAUAUGGCAUUUACUCUGCCUGUCGAUGGGCGUCUGAUAUCGGAGUUCGGCCUAAUGUUAAUAAAGAUGCAGAUGAGGGAUUGGCUGAAGAAGAGAGUUCCUGGCUGUUCCGGAAACGCGGUCAUUAGUAAAGUUAGCAUUACCGUAACGGCUUGUUUGGAACGCUUUGAUGGUUGCAGUUUGGUGGAUUUAUUGUUACAAAUUGCAUUGGACUACCGAGUACAUGAGUUUUCUACUUGAGUGGACGAGUCUGAGUUGUGGAGCAUGGGUGGCGUUGUUUGUUCACUUAGAUUCUGCCAGAAAAGAAAACAAUGAAAACGGUUCUUAUUUUAUCUGCCUUGCAGGCUGUUGCUUCUUACGCAAGCAAAACACGGCUUCUAGUGCUGGAUAACGUAACAUUUUGUUUUAUCUUUCUGAUUUUGGAGGUUGUUUGUCCUGUUGUGUUUUUAUUUGUCAUUGGACAGCUAAAAUGGAAUAAUGUUUCUAUGUCUAGUGUUAGAUUUUCCUU